CGCCGCCGUCGCGUUUACCCGAUACCGCUCCACCACGCAAGCCGAACAAAAAAUUAAACAAUGCUCAGUGCGUCGUCCUGCCCACGGUGUCGUGUGGUGCACAAUAUGUAGUACGGUGUCCGUCACCUGACAACAGUUAUGGUAUUCGAAAGCUUAUCAUUAAUUAGUGUCGUAUAAUUAAGACUCAAUCGUAAACGUGUAAAACAAUAUUUAUAAUUCAAUACGAUCCGUGAUUAUAUUAACCGCUAUUUUAACUGUUUUGUUACUGAUACGGCACGUGAUUUCCGUGUAACUCAUUGUCUCCUCAUAAACCGCGCGCGCCUGAAGAUUCUACGUUCGAAUCGUUUUUUUUUAGAUUAUUGUUCGAUAAAUAAAUUGAAAAUGGCUACAUUGGACUUGGAUGAAGAUUUACUUAAAGAUGAAGAAUUGGUUAAUAGUAUUCAGAAUUUGGAUAAGUCAAUCAUUGAAAUUGAAGCAUUACUUGAAUCACAAAUUGCUAUAGAUUAUACCUCUUUAUCAGUUGAAGAAAAAAUUAAGCAUGAUUUGCUAAAUGUUUUUGCAUUAAAUAGUUUAUAUUGGAUGUAUUUGCGAAUGAAUGGCACUGAUCCAACUACCCACAAUAUCAAACGAGAGCUUGAUCGAAUAAAAUCAACUAUGGAUAUAGCUAAAGGUGCUAUGUCCAAAAAGAAUAUGCUAAGAGUAGAUAAGGGCGCUGCUGGGAGAGUUAUUGAACAUGCUCUUUGGACACCAGAGGAAAAAAAACGUAGGUUACAAGUCAUGGAAAAUUCUAAUAAAAAAAUUAAAUUUAAUGAAAAUGGUGAUCCAUUACCAUGAUCCACUCUUAUUAUCUUUUAUAAUGUACUUUAUUAUGAGUUGUAUGUUAACGUUAUUAAACUAUAUUUUUUAUUUCUACUUA